AUGGCCAAACAAGUUGUCCAGAUCCACGUUGGGAUGCUGGUUUUGGCUCUCUGGCUGCACCUGGGGGCGGCCGCUGCAGGCAUGCUGAGGGUUGACGGAGCCCAGGACGGAGCUGGCGGCAGCGGGGACACCAUCAGCCACUCCCUGACCCUGGUGCAGCGUCUGGAGGCCCUGCUGGUUCAGGGGAACGGCAGUGACGUGUCGCUCAGGGUGGAGACGCCCAGCGCAGAUGAGGUGAAGGUGAUCCAGGCCCACGCGCUGGUGCUCUCCCUGCAGAGCCCCGUGUUUGAGGAGAUGCUGCUGAACCGCAACAGCAGCAUGUUGGUGCUGAAGGAGAGCUCCGACUGCGCUGCCGUGUUUGACAAGUUCAUCAGGUAUCUCUACUGUGGAGAGAUUUCUCUGCGCCUGGAUCAGGCCACACCUUUGCACAAGCUGGCCACCAAGUAUCAAGUGAUGGGUCUCCAGCAGGGCAUCACCCAGUACAUGACCCAGAAUCUGGCCCGGGACUCCUCAGGCCACGUGGCGGGCUGGUACGAGUACGCCCAGCAGGCCGGGGAUGUGACUCUGAGGGACAGCUGUCUUCAGUACAUGGCCUGGAACCUGUCGUCGGUGCUGCAGAGCGGCGAGUGGGUGACCAUCAGCAGCCAGCUGCUCAUGUCCCUGCUGCAGCGCUCGGACCUCAUCCUGCAGAGUGAGAUGGAGCUCUUUGCGGCGCUGGAGGCCUGGAUUAUACAGAAUGAGCCAGACGGCCUGACGGCGGAGAACGCUUUAAGAGCUGUGCGUUACGCCAUGAUGCCGCCACGGGAGCUGUUCCGCCUGCAGACCCAGUCAUCAGUCCUGGCUCGCUAUCAGGAGUCGGUGCGCGACCUGCUGUACAUGUCCUACCAGUUUCACUCUGCAUCGCCGCUGCACAUGGCCAAAUACUUUGACGUGAACUGCAGCCUCUUCAUGCCCAGGAACUACCUGUCGCCAGUCUGGGGGUCUCCCUGGAUCAUCAGCAACCCCACGCGAGACGACCGCAGCACCAGCUUCCAGACCCAGCUGGGGCCCAGCGGCCACGACGCCAGCAAGCGCGUGACUUGGAACGCCCUGUUCUCUCCACGCUGGCUACCCCUCAGCAUGAGGCCGAUGUACACAGAGACGGGCGCCAUGCAGCCGACACGUGUGGAGGGGGGGCGCCCUCGCAUCAUCAUCACGCCGGCCACGUCCAGCGCAGAUUUCGCCGGGGUGAACUUCCAGAAGACGGUGCUGGUGAUGGCUCAGCAGCAGGGGAGGGUGGUGGUGAAACACGUCUACAACUUCCACCAGAGCACGGAGGAAAACGGCGAUUUCUUGGCGGAAGCCGACUUGUACCGUCGGACGUCUGAAUACCUCAUCGACAGCUCCCUCUUCCUCCAUAUUGUGGUGAAGCCGCUGUACCAAACCCUCAUAACUACAAAGAACUGA